ACUACGUGAGGCAUGUAAAAACAUCAGUUCAGAUGGUUUUAUUGUAAACAAUGAAAAUCUAAAAGAGAAAGAAAAAAAUAAUAUUUACAUUAUGUUUCUAUAUUAUAUUAUAUUAAAAAAAAUAAAGUGUUAAUUACUCAAUAUUAUAAAAGACAACAAUAUUAAAUAGAUGAAAAACGGAAAAAAAUCAACGAGACGAAAAUAUAUUUCGUUACAAUAAUAAUAAUGUCCGACGAAGAAAAAGUAAAUGUUUCACAUGAAGACGAGGAGAAUUGUCAGGAUGAAGGGACAUUUUCUCUUUCUCUUUUGGAUUUACCAGUCGAAGUUUUCCUUCAUAUCUGCUCGUUCUUGGAUGCAAAAACUUUGGUCCACGGCUUAGGUUUAGUGUGCAAGCAAUUUCAUGAAAUUUUAAAUGAUGAUUCUUUGUGGAAGGUUAGAAUUAAUCAAAUUUGGCCAAAUGUCAGGUAUCCAACUCUUCCACAAGACGAGGAAGAUGAACUAUUUUGGAAAUUAUCGUGUGUCGCUAUCGAAAGGCAGACAUCACUUUGGCAUGAUGAGGAUUCGAUGGAGAAAUUGACAUUGAGCAAUGUGCAUUACAGCAUGGUUGAUGGAGUUCUUCUAAUGCAUAAUGGACAACUGUGUAUUUCGGGUGCAAGAGAUCGAACAUUGGUCUUGUGGCGUUUACCAAACGAUGAGGACAAAUGUGCAAAAUCAAUGUCAGUUGAUUUGGCGCACAAUGGAUGGAUUUGGGACUUGACAUCGAUAGGUGAUACGAUUUACAGUUGCAGUUGGGACAAGACAAUAAAAGCUUGGGCCUUGUCCGAUGCUGGUCUCACCCAUUUAACAACCUAUGAACUAUCACUCCCUGGUGCUUUAUUGUCAAUCACAUCGUGUCCGGAACUAUCGCUAUUUGCAACAGGAUCAUUCUGCAAAUCUGUCGUUUUAUUUGACUCGCGAACUGAUUCGAAACCAGUGGGUAUUUAUCAAGCACAUCAAAGGGCUGUCAUUGGUCUGGCAAUGAAUUCCAAUUACAUUAUUUCUGCCAGUGAGGAUAAGACUGUUGUUAUUUACGAUCACCGCACACAACGAUUUUUAAAUAAAUUCGCAAUUUCCGACGAUUCAUUUCCGAUGAGUUUGUGUAUGCGAGACGAUGUCGUUUACGUGGGCGAUAAGGGAGGAAAAUUACAUAUUUUAGAUCCGAAAAAAAAUUACGAAUGUGUAAAAACAUACGAUACGGCACACGAUAAGGGAAUAACCGGAGUUUAUUGUGCCGAUGGUUGUUUAAUUACGAGUUCAAUGGAUAAGACUGUGAGGAUUUUAAGUCCAACCGAUCCGCCGCAAAUUAUCACGACAUUAAAUUGCGGUUACGGUGAAAUUGCGGGUAUUGAUUACUUAAACGAGGUUCUUGCGGUUUCCGGUAUCGAGGCAGUUGAAAUCUGGAGACCGAAACGAAAUACCGAAAGUACAUUGUGAUAUUUUUAUUUUGUAUUAAUUUUAAACUAACAUUUUCAUCAGAAAACGUAUAAUAAUAAUAAUUUAUAUACUUUUUAUCAAAUGUAUUAGAUUUUAAGUUGCCCAUAAGACUAAUAUAUUUAAUAAAGAUUUUAAUAAAAAUUUUAA